UCUCAGCAUCACAGAUCCACAAGGACCAUGUCUGCAUCUCGCCAAACAACAUACUCUGCUGGAGGAACAAAGAACUUCAGUGCUGUUUCUGCUGUUCCAGCAGGGGGAAAUCGCAACAGUUUUAGUUCUGUUUCAGUCUCUCGCUCUGGCUUUGGAGGUGGAAAUGCUGCCCGGGCUAGCUCUGGGGCCUUUGGUAGCAGAAGUCUGUACAGCUUAGGAGGAACCAGAAGGAUCUCCAUUCCGACAAAUUUGCAAUCUAAUGGCGCAGUUGGAUCUGGAUUUGGUGGCGGUGCUGGUUAUGGAUUCGGCUCUGGGUUGGGAGUUGGUCAAGGAUUUGUUGGUGCAUCUGACUUUCCUGUAUGCCCACCUGGUGGAAUCCAGCAGGUUACUAUCAACCAAAGUCUUUUAGCUCCACUGAAUUUGGAAAUUGAUCCAACCAUUCAGAAAGUGCGCACAGAGGAAAGGGAGCAAAUCAAGACUCUUAACAACAAGUUUGCAACCUUCAUUGAUAAGGUCAGAUUCCUAGAACAACAGAACAAAGUCCUGGAGACCAAAUGGAACCUUUUGCAAGAACAAGGAGUAAAGACAGUUAAAAAUACCAUUGAACCCCUCUUUGAAGCCUACAUUAAUCAACUUCGGCGGCAGCUAGACAGUCUAGUCAAUGAUAAGGCUCGUCUGGAUGGAGAACUUAAACAUAUGCAGGAAUCUGUAGAGGAAUAUAAGGCCAAGUAUGAAGAUGAAAUCAACAAGCGCACGACUGCUGAAAACGAGUUUGUGGUACUCAAGAAGGAUGUGGAUGCUGCCUACAUGAACAAAGUGGAACUGGAGUCUAAAGAGUCUAGUCUAACAGAUGAGAUCAACUUCAUGAGGGCUCUGUAUGAAGCAGAACUUGCCCAAAUGCAAACACAGAUCUCAGAUACUUCAGUCAUCUUGUCCAUGGACAAUAACAGAAAUUUAGAUCUAAACAGCAUUAUCACUGAGGUCAAGGCUCAGUAUGAGGAGAUUGCCAACCGAAGUCGCCAAGAAGCAGAGUCCUGGUACCAAACUAAAUAUGAGGAGCUCCAGGUUUCUGCUGGAAGACAUGGUGAUGAUCUGAAGAACACAAAGACUGAAAUCUCAGAGCUAAACCGUAUGAUUAACAGGCUGCGCUCAGAAAUUGACAACGUGAAGAAACAAAUUGUCAAGCUGCAGACUGCUAUUGCUGAUGCAGAGCAGAGAGGAGAGCUUGCAGUGACAGAUGCCAAGAAGAAGCUUGCAGAGCUGGAGGAUGCUCUACAGAAGGCCAAGCAGGACAUGGCUCGCCAACUCCGUGAAUACCAAGAUCUGAUGAAUGUUAAACUGGCUCUAGAUAUUGAGAUUGCCACUUACAGGAAACUGCUAGAAGGAGAGGAGAGCAGGUUGUCUGGAGAUGGUGUUGGACCAGUUAACAUAUCUGUUGUGAGCUCAACCUAUGGAACCAGUGGUGGAGUAGGUCAUGGAUAUGGAGCCGGAAGUGGUUUCGGUACUGGAAGUGGAAGUGGCUUUAGCAGUGGAAGCGGAUUCAGUAUUAGUGGACGGCAAGGGAUCGGUGGUGGAAACUUCAGUGCAAGCAAUUUAAAACAAGGCGGAUUUGUGUCUGGAAGUGGCAGCAAUUCCAAUGUAAAAAUUGUGUCAACAACUUCCACAAGCUCCCGGAAGUUUUAAGAUUCUUAAAUACACUACAUCCAUUAAUACAUUGAAUUUAUUGCCACUGAAACAUUAUGACAAUAAUAAGCCACUUAUAUCUAAUAGCGUAAAUGUGGCCAAAAAUUAU